GGCGAUCUCCGCUCAUCCAGGCCGCACCCCGGCGCUGCUUUUUUCCGUCCCGACCUAGGCACCGCGGGUUCUACUGACCCCGCCAACUAGGGGAAUCCGUGACGGACGCCGAGGCUUGCAGGGUGGGGGCGGCGGGAGACAGAGCCCAGGGAGAACCGCCGGGGCGACGCGGCGGGUACCCUACUGGGUCCUCCCAGGGAUGGCGACCAGAGAGCGAGCCUAGGGUCCGGGUCCAAGGCAGGCGUUGCGUAGGGAGCCCUGAGACCCCCUGAGUCCGAGAUUGGUGCCCGCCCGGGCAGGCUGCGCGGACUUCCGAGGGUCCCGCGCGCUGGGACACGCCCUCAUCCUGGGGGACGACCCGGUGGCCCCAGGCACCGCCUCCCGUUCCCGCCCCGCGCCCCGCAGCGCUUAGGCUUCGGCACACUGGGGGCCGAGUCCCAGUGCAGCUCCAGCCGACCCCCGGGACUAGACAAGGGCAGGCACGCGUGAGGACUGCGGCCGGCCGCGUAGCCGCGCUCUGGUCCCGCUGGCCAUUUCUUGGGCUGCGCACCCUCCGGAACUGCGUCAGGAUCCUCCACGAGCCUCCCACUCUCUUCUGCCCGCUUGCGAACAUGUGGCCUCUCAAACCCUGCGCCCCGCUGUCCACACUCCUCCUGCUGGCGCUGGCUUUGUCCCCGCCCGGAGCCCACGGGAGGCCGCGGGGGCGCAGGGGAGCGCACGUCACGAAUGAGGAGCCCAAGCCGUUACUUUUCCUCCCCGCGGCCGGGGCCGGCCGGACUCCCAGCGGCUCCCGGAGCGCAGAAAUAUUCCCAAGAGAUUCUAACUUAAAAGACAAAUUCAUAAAGCAUUUCACAGGGCCAGUCACAUUUUCACCAGAAUGCAGCAAACAUUUCCACCGACUCUAUUACAAUACCAGGGAGUGCUCAACACCAGCUUGCAUUUCCUAAGAAUGUACAUCUAAUGUGAAGAAAAAGUGCCUCAAAUCAUGCAAAAUGUAAAAAAAAGAUGAAAUUUAUAAUUUUAUGGAUAUGAAGACGAGUAAAAUAAGAGACUUCCCAGAAAUAACUGGUAGCUGUGUCCUGUCACAGAAUGGAGUCUUUCUUGCUUUAUCUUUUUGUGUAUACAGUAAUUUAUAAUUUUGUAAAACAGAGUUUGAAUCACAUAUUGAAAAUUAGAUAUUAAAAAUUGUGUGAUUGUAUUUUAUUUUUACUAGAUAUAUUAUUUUCUUUACAAUCUAAUUAAACAUAUAAUUGUGUAAAUUAUAUCUGAGAGUACCAGUGAGAAAUAAUGAUUUUUUUGUAUAUGACUGUUAGUAAUAUAUUUGUCAAAUCAUCAUGUACCAAGUUAAAUUUUAUAAUUCUUAUUUAAUAUUUAAAUACAUUUAUUUAGAACUUGUUGUCUUCACUUGCAUUAAUUUGAAAUGUGAAUUUUAUUAAAGCUGAAAUGUGAAAAAAUGUGUUGUUUCCUUUGAAUUAAAGAUGUUUGCAAUAGA